AUGCUCAAACACCUCACCACCCUCUCCAUCAUCAUUGCCCCUCUCUUCGCAUCUCCAACUCCUCUCCCACUAACCACAACAAUACUAUCCAGCGACUACACCUCCCAAGGACAUCUCCAGGUCCUCAACGCCUCGACUCCCUAUUUUCCGGGCGCCGGCCCCAUCACGGGCUGUAUUACCUCAAGCUUUACAUGGACACUUGAUACCUCUGCCUGCGGUCUCUUCAAUGGUAAUCGUACUGUGUAUAACCAAAGUAUCGGCAUGUGGAUGUAUGCAUUUGGUACUGAAGAGGGUGCGUGUGGAUUGGUUGAGGGAGGUAGAGUUACUUGUUCGAGUGGUGGGAUUAAGAGUCAGGGGAAGUGGAGCACGCCAAAUUCGACAAUAGCAGGUAUACCGUUAUAUAUGAUGGGAUGGGCAAAUUGGCCUAUUCAGAACUGGCCGAGUCAAGGGGUUGAUGUCGAUGUUUGGAAUACUUUGGUUAGUAAUCCUGUGCCAGGAGUAGUGUUGGAGGGAUUUGGAAAAUCGUUCACUGAGCUAGAGAAGGUUAUCAAGCUUUGGCAGGAAUUGUUAAAGCCAGAUGGAUACAGGUUGUUGGAUUGGGAUACAAGGCAAAAUUUGUCGAAAGAUUUGAGACUUGGGCAGGCCCAUGGGGUUCGUCUACUCAAAUGCAUCGAUAACUUUGAUUUGUCCCGUCAUGAAGAUGCAGACGAGGCAAUUUAUGCGGAACUUGCACGCCAAAUCAAAAAAUCCGCCAAGGACGUCGGUAUAGUUGAUACUAGGACGGAAAGACUGUUCUUCGAUUAUGCUAUUGAAGUCGAGAACAUGAAUACAAAGACGAGCACAAGUUUGCGAAAGAACACGGUAGUAAUGGAUGAGUAUGCGGAGUGGAAAUUGAUGUGGCCUAAAGCUAUUGGUGAGCAGGGUGUGAUGGUUUGA